ACUUGCAAAUAUGAUGUCCAGUCGAAUAAACUUAAUUAUAAGGAAUUUUUAUAAACGACCUGGACAGUAUUGUCGUUUGUGUUCAACAGUUUCACGGUCAACAAAUGAAAAGGAUCCUGCAUCGUUAUUUUUCAAUGAGAACGUACAAGAGUAUUUGACGACUUUAACUCGUAUUAAUUAUGAAAAGGUUUUCUCAGCACGCAGAGAUGGAACGCCCUUAGAUGUACCAAAAUAUAAAUUCAUGACAGACAAAGAAUUGCAAGAAGCACGAGCGAAGAUAUCGACGAAAGCAAAGGGACGGAUUCAAAUGCCACCGGUUGUAAAAAUAAGAGCAGAGCCUGAAAUUUUAUCUAAAGAUGUUGCAUUACAAGGCUUAUACAUGCACAAUAUUGUCUUCACAGACAUAUCCUUUGGAAGCAACAAUAGAAACAGAUUAAUCGUGGUUAGAGAACCAAAUGGUACAUUGAGGCAUGCCAAUAGUAACGAAAGGCAUAGAAUGAAUCAAGUAUAUUUUCCUAUUUCCAACAGAGAGGUACACAUCCCAGAGAUGUUUAAAAAUCCAUAUUUGAAUAAUUUAUUGGAGAGGGAAGAAUUUGAAUUUAUUUUAGACAGAGCAUGCAUACAGUUCGAACCUGAUGAUCCAGAAUACCAUAGGAUCACGAAAGAAGUAUAUUCUUAUGUGAAUAAAGUGGGGAAAUUCCAAAGUUUGAGAUCUACCAGGCACUUUGGUCCAAUGGCAUUUCACCUUGCUUGGGAAGACAAUAUUCACACCUUACUGAUAGACGUGAUCAAAAGUGGAAAUAUAGAAGAAGCUGGGGCAUUGAUACGACUUUAUAAUAAAAUCCAUCCUGAGGCUAAAUCAGGCAAAGAACCAAUAUUCGACGAUGCGGAGUUAGUAAAACUUUACGCUACACUCGAUUCAUCGAAGCAAUACGCGAUAAUGUCUGCCUUGAACACGUACGAAACAAUACAGAACGAGAGAGAAGAAAUGAAAGAGAGUAUAUUGAAAGCUCACGGGUUGACGAACAGCAUCGAUGAAAGAUCAGAAACGUGAACGAACGUUUAGCUCGUUAACUUAACCGACAACCCCUCUUGUUCUUUACCGUUUGUACAAAUCCUUAUUGUGAAUAAUAAAUAAAAAUCGUUAUACAUUGA